UAGGCACAGCGUAACUUGAUUUAUUCUAGUUCUCAGGUUUUAGUCCAUGCUUUGAUUAUUGUUGUUUAGACAGAGAUAGUGUCUCAUCACAAGAAGUCAACAUGGCAGACGAAGAAUCUCCCCUCCUUGCCCCGCCAGACCCCAAACCGCACAACGCAAAGCGUUCAGACGCCCUCAUCAUCUACGGAACCUUUUUGGGCGUCUUCGUCGCCAGCGCUGACGAGUCCCUGGUGCUCUCGACGUACAGUACCAUCGCCUCGCAGUUCCACCAGCUCUCCGCUGGCUCGUGGCUGCUCGUGGCCUAUAACUUUGGCUACUGUGUCUCUCUGCCUGUGUACGGCGCUCUGAGCGACUCCUACGGCCGCAAAAAUGUGCUUCUCUCGUCAUACCUUUUCUUCACACUUGGGUGUCUUGCAUGCGGCGCCAGUUCAUCCCUCACACAGCUUGUCCUUGCUAGAGUUAUCGCCGGCCUGAGCGGGGCAGGAAUGGUUGCUAUGGUCUCCAUGAUAAUCAUGGAUCUGAUGCCUCCGAGCGAGGUCGCAAUAUACCGGAGCUACGAGAAUCUCGUCAACAUCUUCGGACGCAGUCUCGGGGCUCCGAUAGGCGGAUUUCUGAUUGACGCAAUUGGAUGGAGAUGGUCCUUCUUCGGCCAGAUCCCAUUCAUCAUCAUCUGCACCUUGGUCGCUGUCUACGGGCUACCAGCCUCGUUGAAUGAGACCCAAAGCGAUGAAACACCGCCAUCAUCGUCUUCUCCAGACGAAAGCCAGGACGAGCCCGCUCAUCGGACGCGCCUGGGUGAACUCGACUUUGCAGGCCUGAUCAGCUUCUCUGCGACCAUCAUCGCGCUGCUGUUUCUCCUCCAGGCGGCGGGCGAGGGCGCCGCUGACGAAGGGCCAGCGGGGCAAAAAUCCAUACUGGCGUUGGCUCUGACCUUUGUCCUCUGCGGUGUGGCCUUUGUCAUGAUUGAGGUUUUCUGGGCGCGCAGACCGUUGAUCCCAAUGGAUCUUCUGUCGAAGAAAUUGGGCGCGUAUUGCCUUAUCCAGACCGUGCUCUUUACCGGUCGCUCAGCGUUCAACGGCGCCAUUGUUCCUUACUUCAUCCGGGUUGAAAAUGCGAGCGAGUUUGCCGCCUCGGCGGCUUAUAUCCUAAACGUUCUGGGCGCCUCGAUGGGAGGCAUCUUCGCAGGGCUAGUGAUUAAACGGACACGACGGUACAAAACCAUGACGGCGCUCGCCUACCUGCUCACCAUCGUCUGCUUCCUGCUCGUCCUCCUCCUCUGGCGCACGGGGUGCUCCAUCGCGGAUUCCCUACUGCUGCUCCCCUCAGGGUUCGCGGUAGGUAUCAUCUUCUCGACCUCGUUUAUCGGCAUGUCCUCCAGCUCGCCGCGGGACUCUCUGUCCAUAUGCAUCGGCACGUACUACCUGUUUCAACAGCUGGGGCUUAUUAUAGGUCCUGCGUGUGGGUCUGCCAUGAUCCAAAGCCUGUUCGAGAGAGAGCUCUCUGCACGGCUGGUGGGUCCAGGGAAGAAGGAGGUAUGGGAUCGAUACGAUACCAAGAUCAAACUGUGGUAUCCUGUAUUGACACCAUCAGAUCAUCAAGCGGCUUCUUAAUGAAGCCAGGUUCUCGAGAACCCUGCCCGAGUCUGUCCAGAAGGUGGUUCGUUCGGCUUACCUAGAGAGCUUCCAAUCCAUACCCUGUAAGUAGAUCAGCCCUUCCCUCCGCCCACGCCUCGCUUUGAGCCUUUGACCAUUAGUCCCGCUAACAAACCCAAGUAUUCACGGUGAUCACUACAGUAAUCACAUUGGCCAUCUUCCUUCCAUUGAAAGAGGAACAGAUCUACUAAACGUAUAUAUAUAAGAAUAAAAUAUCGGGCUUGUGUCUAAGCUUGGGUACCCCUAGAUGUGUCUAGCUCUCCAACGCAGCAACAAUAGCAUCCCCCACAUCCUUUGUUCCCGAUUUC